AUGAGUGUUUCAACUACGCUUAGCUUCAACAAGAGUUUGAAUGAGACAACAACUCGUUCAAAGCUAGAUACAUUACAAAGUGCAACACAGGAUUUAAUUGAUCAAAAGGAUGAAGAGAUUCGAAGACUUAACGAACAAAUUGAUGAAGCCGAAAGAACAUUAUAUGCUCUUGAUAAAGAGGCAAAAGAGAAUGCAUCUACUCUUGAAGAAGAAAUUGCUACAUUAGAAAACCAGUUAAGUCAAGCAAAAGCAGAUUCUGAAACUGAAUUACAACAAAUUAGACUGAAAAAUGCACAAGAAAUAGAAAAUCUCAAAGCAAAACAACAACAAGAAUUAGAUAGUUUACGUGAAGAGCUCGAAGAAGCCCUCAAACAAUCUGAAGAAAUUGCAGCUACAAAACAAAGAGAAUUGCGAACACAACGUGAAUCAGAACUUCGAAAACUACAAGACCAGUUACGAGAAGCUCGCGAAAAAACAGCUGAAUCAACUCUCGCAGCUGCUGAACAAUGUGAUGUUCGUCUCAAGCGUGCAAGAGCUAUUGCAGAUGAAUACGCAUCGCGUGUCGAGACAUUAGAAGCUGAGCUCGCACGUCUCACAGAGCAACGCCGUACAGAGAUGGAAGAAGCCACAAAAGCAAUUGAAUCCGCCAGCGAAGCACUCGAUAACAGAGAGAGAGAAACACGCGAAGCAGCCGAGAAACUACGAAGAGAUCUCGAUGCGAAAGAGAAGGAACAUAACAUGAGAGUUGCUGAACUCAAAGCACAAUUUGCCGAAGAAAAGGCAGCCCUUGAAGAAGAGUUAAAACAAGUAACGGAAGAAGCUCAUUCACUCGAAGCCCAAUACGCUCAGAUCGAACGCCAGAACAAGACUCAAUUACAGGCAACAAUCAAAGAUAUAGAACAGUUAAGAAGUGCUGUUGAAGAGUCAAAGAGGGCUAACGAAGAAGAGAAAUCUAAAGAGGCAGAAAGAAGAGCAUAUCUCAGAAAAGUUCAGAAAGAAAACGCAGCUCUCGAACAAGAGUUGGCGUUUGUUGAGGCGGAAAUACUCAGAUUAAAAGCUGAUAACUCAGAGCUUAGGGAAGAACUACAGAGACUUGAUGCUUUGGCUUAUGGAAAUAAGCCUGUUUCACCUAGAAAGAAGAAAUCUCAAUAA